CUACUCGGCCGCUUCAUCAACGAGGGCAUCACCCUCAUCGAAUGGGACCAAAGGCUUCUCAGAAGACUAGGAUAUCCCCUAGCAACCGGACUAAUCCAGGGUGGACAGUCGUACUUCUUCCUCAUUCCUGACGACCAGCUCCCCGCCACUGUCAGCAUCGCCGCCGACGAAGGGCUACAUCCGGCGGACGAUGACUCCUGCGCCGCCAACUUCACCAGCGAGCGUUCCGGCCGUGCCAUUCGCUACGUUAUGGACGACACGACGAUCCCGAAUGCUGUCCACAACAACUGGCGUCGACUUACCGAAAUCACCCUCGACGAGCUCGAGCCGGCCACCAUGGCCAACCCACUGCACUCGGAGCCACCCAUGGAGAUCUCCAUCGUCCCUCUUCCCGUUGUCUGCGCGGCCUACGCGCGGCUGGCUAGCCGCGAGAACCGAGCAAGCCCUUUUGACACAAGCUACGAGGGCGACUACGAGGUCAUGGUCCCCGACAGCGUGCCAUUUACAGAGUCCGAGCUUGCCGAAAUGGAGAAUGCUGCUAGAGAGAUUGAAACGUGGAAGAGUCGACCUGGUGAGGAGUGGACCGAGGAGCAUUUGAUCAAUAUCGUGACGGCAAAGGCCAGUCGGGACGUUCCUCACUAG